UCAAGACACUCCUCGGCAUAAAAUAUUAUUUUUAUCGUCGCUAAUUUUUUAUAAAAUCCAAAUAGUGGCCAUGUCAGUCACUAAAAAUCAGCUUGUACGCGUUGUUAAAUUAUCUGUAAUUAUAUUUAUUAAUUUAUUAUUGACCAGUGAUGGGUAUAAUUUGAAUACUGAUGAAGCUGUAGUCUUCAAGGACCCAUACAGGCGGCCACGAGAACGCGGCAGUUACUUUGGAUACUCGGUCGCGUUGUUCAGUGAUGGGUACAUUCAAAAUUCGGCGGUAAUUGUCGGCGCACCGAGGGCUAACGUGUCUUCGCUGUAUGUAACAGAACCUGGUAGUGUUUUUAAGUGCACCCUUGACGGAAAGUGUAGAGAGUGGAUGCUGGAGAACAGUAGGAACGGUAGAGUUACUGGAAUAUAUGGCAGUCAAAUAAGAGAUUUUUCUUGGCUUGGCGCCAGUAUUUCUGUGGAAAAUAGUACGCGUCCUAGAGUUGUGGUAUGUGCGCCAAGAUGGAAAAUAAAAUUAUCUACAGAAGUUUUUAUGAACGGAUUGUGCUAUUACUCGUUGAUAGACAGUCCGGAAUCUUUUGACCGGAGCAGCGACAGAUGGAUCAUGCCUAUGACUGAUUAUAAUUUACAAACAAUAAGAGCCAAGAAUGGCCAGGUCUACUAUCACUAUGGUAUGGGACAGCUGGGAAUGUCUGUCCAUGAUUUUAAUCAGAAUGGAUAUUGGAAUAUCAUGCUGGGCAGCCCUGGAACUUUCAGCUGGUUUGGAUCACCAGCUUUGGUUUCUGAAGCUGUACCUGGAGCGUUACUGCAAUCUACUGUCCCCUCUUACGACAUAACGAAUUUUGAAUAUUUUGGAUACAGUGUAACUUCCGGUUAUUAUUUUGGGCAAUCUAAGAGAUAUUUUGCGGCCGGUGCACCACGCUCUGAUGAUAUGAAAGGACGGGUAUUGAUAUUUCUCUACGGGGGUGAUAAAAAACAUUUAAUUAUCAAAAAUACUUUAAGUGGAACCCAGCAUGGGGAAUAUUUUGGAUCAGCUUUGACAUCUUGUGAUAUUGACAACAAUGGGGAUGAUGAAAUAAUUGUCGGUGCCCCACUGUGGACUAAGAGUAGUGAUGAAGGACGCAUUUAUAUUUUUACCAACAAAUAUAACACAUAUAUGGAACUAUCAUCAUGGAUUGAUGGAAAAGUUGAAGACGCGCGGUUUGGAUCAUCAGUAAUGUGUCUAGGAGAUAUUGAUAACGAUGGGUAUAAAGAUAUUGCUGUCGGAGCUCCUUAUGAAAAUGAUCAUGGAGCUGUUUACAUUUUUAACGGCCAGCAGCAAGGACUGUCAAAGACCUGGAGCCAGAAAAUAACUGGAGAUCAAUUUCCUGAUCAGCUUCAAGGUUUCGGUAUUUCUAUUUCCGAGCCUCGAGAUGUUGAUGGCAACGGAUACCCAGAUUUUGCCGUCGGUGCAUUUAAAUCUAGUCACGCUGUUUUGUUUCGCUCGCGUUCUGUCAUAAAUCUUAACAUUGAAGUCACUUACGAUGAUGACAAUAAACUUCAAAGUGACACUACGUCAUUUUUUAUUAGGGUCUGCUGCUCUUACGAGGGCGUCCACGCACCUGAAUCUAUAAAAACAAUUAGACGACUUACUGUUGAUCCAAUGGAAGGACGCGCUUAUUUAACAACGAUACAGAAAAUAAAUGGGUCAUAUAACUCUUUUGAUAAAUUACCUCGUGGAGAAAUCGUCUGCGAAAGAUUUCAAAUAUUACUGAUGCAUCAUUUGAAAAAUGUACUGGACCCGAUAGAGAUAAAAGCCUCGGUAUCUCUGGAGACACCUCAGUCCGAUUACCAAAAUCCAUUAAUAGAAAAUAACUUUUGUUACAAUUGUCCGGUGAUUAAUAAAUUACGCUCGAAAACUGAAGAUACCCUGAAACUUCCGUUUGCUGUUGACUGCGGUCCUGAUAACGUUUGCUACUCAAACAUCACCCUAGACGUGACCACAAAUCUUGCUGAUAAUAGAUACAUUAUAGGAACACAAAAAACGAUAAAUAUUUCGAUAAAUGCUGUUAACUUUGGUGAAAAAGCUUACCAGGCGUAUGUGAAUUUAUUUUUACCAUCAUUUAUAACUUUAGCUAGUGUUCCUCUUAAUUGUAUUGAAAACACUCAUGAUAAGGGGGAAUUAGUAACUUGUGAUAUUGGAAAUCCUCUCAAAAACAAGCAACUGGUUUUGUUAGAAAUAGAUGUGAGUCAAGUAAAUAGCGAUAAAAAACAAACAGAUUUAUUAAUAAAUGUAAUUACACAAAGUGAAAAUAUAAAUAAUGAUAACAGUAAUAUAAGCUUAACAAUUUUCUUUGAUGUCGAUGUUGAUAUUGCAGUAGCUGGAAAAGCACAAGAAGACUUGUAUUCAUUUUUUAAUGACACAGAAAGUACGCUGGAUAUCAUCAGAUUUGAACACGUUUAUGAAGUUCGUAAAUUUGGCGCCACAUCUAUUGAACAAUCGGUGCUUAAAGUUUUAAUUCCGACGCAUUUAGUAAUAGAUGAAAAAAAUACUAUUGAGAUAGCGACAAUUAAUAGAACAGAAUUAUCAUUACCCAAAACGAUGAUAAAUAGAUACAAUUCUUUUUGUACUGAGGGAAUUGUCGAAAAUAGAACUGGCCUUGGCGACAAUAAUUUUAUUGAGAACGUUAUUACGAAAGAUAAUCUUUUGAAUAUUCUUACGAAAGAUCGUACAUUUUAUGUAAACUGUUCAAAUCCUUCAAUCAUCUGUACUAUUUUUUAUUGUGUGCUGCAAACACCAUUAAAUUUAUCAACAAUUGCAGAAGUUAAAUUUACACUAGACUUGAAAUUAAAAAAUUUCGAUGAAAACAUAUUGGACGGAAAAGAUAUUAUUUAUUUUGUAUCGAACGGGCAUGCUAAUAUAACAUUACCGGCGGAUAUUAUUCAAAUAAAUAAUAAUAAAUCAGACUAUAUUGGGAUAGGCACAACUUUUGUUGGUUCACCGAUAGCUAAACCGGUUGCUGUUUGGAUAAUUGCCCUGUCUGUUGUUCUUGGUAUAAUUUUGCUUAUUAUUCUGACUAUUGUUUUAGUAAAAGUUGGCUUCUUCAAUAGAAAGAAAAAAGAAGAGUUGGAAGCGUUAAAAGCUGAUGAUAAUAAAUAAUUAUUUAUUUUAGAGACCGGAGCCGAGUAUGGAAGUCAAUUCGUCAAUGGAAGUCCUCGAUACAAAUUAAAAAUAAAACCAAAGCCUAAGUAAAUUAAAAUAAUUAUUUAUGUAUUUAAAUAUUUAUAUGUUAGAUUAUUUUAUGUAAGUUGUAGCAAAACUUUAUCAUAACUACAUUCAAUCAUUUUAUUUAAACUUCUUUCACUAGCUACAGAUUCAAAGAUUUAAUGCCAUUGAAAAUUCUUUUAAUUAUCAAAUACAAAUAA